UUGCGCGUAUGCAUUCGAGAGAAUCUUAGAGAACAUCUCCCUCAAGUUCACAAGUUCUCGGUUAUUAGUUAUUAACACGUGUGUGAUAUUCCUAUUUUUUCUUUCUUUAUCAGAAAAGGACAGCGUAUUGCUAAGAACUCGACUCGAUCUCCAAUAGUGAGGAUGAAGUAUUUGUACAUCGGUUUUAUGUUUUUCGCAUACAACUAUGUGAUAUGGGGUCAGGAUUUAUCAUUUCCAACUGAUGAGGAAACUUCCCACGUCAGCGGUGGCAACUCCACGAUGAUAACGGAACGUCUACCCGUAUCAAUACCGGAUAGUUGCCCGAAAGACAUGCUUCUCUACCCGGGAGACGGUGCGAAGGAUUCCUGGGUGUGCGAUUGUAGAUCUCGAUUCUUGUACUUUCCGUUGAACAAUUCCUGCCACGAAGCCUAUAGACAAGGUCCUUGUCCGCCAAAAAAUUAUGUCAUUCUUCCUGAGGACGAGGCGGUUCCUCGUUGCGUGGAGAAUCCUUGCUUGGAAGAUGGCGUGGUACCGUAUAACGGUACAUGCUAUCCACUUAGAACAAUAGGCGGUCCGUGUGCGCCCGAUGGGGUAAUAGGUGUAAACGAAACUAACUUUCAAUUGGAAUGCGUACAAACAGCCAUUGCACCUUUCAUAAUAAUUGAUGUUCCCCCAAGAAAGUGUCCGCCAGGCAGCCGUAGAAGCACACUCGGAGAGUGCAAAAAAGUUAAAAAAAGAGGUUAGAAUAAUAAAGAAAAAAAACGUCAGGCUGCAUCAGGAUAACUUCGAUAUAUGUAUUCUGUAUUGUAAUUUAUAUACAAAAUUAUACUCGCGCUUUAUAAUAGAUAUACUUAAAGAGCAUUAAAUAACAAAAUGUAA